CGCUGUGAUGUUGAUGCCAUCCUCUCCCGUCGGAGCCCUCCUCUUCGAAAGAGUCACAACGAGUGCAAACCCAUCUCGGCGCAAGAUUUAAAGAUGGGCUUCACUCCGGUCUUUGGGCAGGGGCCCCAGGACCCCGAAGCAAAUAUUCGACCCCGAAAAACAUGAUCAUGAGCAGGCAAACGACCCUCCUGGCAGCCGCCCUCCUCGUGUCAGGCGUCGCCUGCCAGAACACGACGCAGAAACCCGUCUUCACGUACCCGCCAGAUGGCUCCAAGUACACCUACCACAAAAUGGACACGGUGAUGGUGAACUACACCGUAUUUUACGACACGGCAGAGCUUUACACCUUCUGCGAACCAGGCCACGAAAUCUUGGUCAACCGGCAAACAAUACCGGGGCCCAGCGAUAGCGUGCCGAUACUCCUCGACUUCGCAUCCGACAAACCAUGCUGGUUCGACCUCCGAACGGGCCCAGACGGCAUCAACAACAAGAGCAGCGCGUCGUUCAACAUCCUCGACGACGAAAGGGACACGGGGCCGCAAACGUUCGGAGCGGACACCGAUGCGCCCACGCGGUCGACGCCGUCGGAAACCUCGCGGACCGAAAGUAGUAGCCAGGCAUCGUCACCACCGCCGCCGGAGGAGGGGACAGGCGGCGGUGGCGGGCUUAAGGGAGGCGCGCUGUAUGCUGUCGCCUUUUGCUCGGGCCUUGGCGGGGGUAUACUCAUUUUGGGGGGGAUGAGGGCCUGGAUGGCGUGGGAUGAUUGGCGGGACGACCGGCGGAGGGAGGCUGCACGCGCUGAGGCUGAGAGUAGAAGAAUCCGAUUUCCACUUGGGGGCCGCUGGGAGGAUGCUAUUACUGUACCAAGGGGAGGUGUGGUGGACGUGUUGGAGUCGCGGCGUGAUGGGCGUGAUGGUGGAACCGCGGAGGGAACACGUGGGGAGCCACGAGAUGCACCUGAUGUCUCUCGUGCGGUAUGAUAGUUAGCGUGAAUAUGUACAUACAUACAAAGUAUGUACAUACAGAAUAGGAAGUACGAAGAAUCCGUCUUGUGCUUGUCUCACUGCAUGUUGCACGUUGAGACAGCGACGGCGUAAAGAUACGCGUAAAC